GAACAGCAAUCGUGUGUGGAACAUGAAGGCAUUCGUAGUAUUCGCAUUGGCCAUCGCUGCCGUCUCUGCGGAGGUAGUCGAGCAGGUCUACCCCAAGGAUCUGCCAAAGUCCGAUAAGAUCGAGGGACGCAUUACCAAUGGCUAUCCAGCCUACGAGGGCAAGGCUCCCUACACCGUUGGCCUGGCUUUCAAUGGUUGGUGGUGCGGUGGCUCCAUCAUUGGACACACUUGGGUGUUGACUGCUGCUCACUGCACCAACGGUGCCAGCUCUGUGACCAUCUACUACGGUGCCACCUGGCGUACCAGUGCCCAGUUCACCCACACUGUGGGAAGUGGCAACUUCAUCCAGAACCGCAACUGGCCCAACCAAAAUGGCAACGAUAUCGCCCUGAUCCGCACUCCCCAUGUCGAUUUCUGGCACAUGGUCAACAAGGUGGAUCUGCCCAGCUUCAAUGAUCGUUACAACAUGUACGAUGGCUGGUGGGCUGUUGCCUGUGGAUGGGGAGGCACCUACGAUGGCUCCCCUCUGCCCGACUGGCUGCAGUGCGUCGACCUGCAGAUCAUCAGCAAUAGCAAGUGCUCCCAGACCUAUGGACACCAACCCGAUGGUAUUCUCUGCGUGGCCACUCCCAACGGCAAGUCCACCUGCCAGGGUGACUCUGGUGGCCCAUUGGUUCUCCACGACCACAACAAAUUGGUUGGUGUUACUUCCUGGGUUUCUGGCGCUGGAUGUCAAUCUGGACACCCCUCUGGCUUCACCCGUGUCACCGCUCACCUGGACUGGAUCCGUGACAACUCUGGUAUUGCUUACUACUAAGAAAUUGCAUUACUUAAAAUAAAUCAAUAUCAUUGAACAUAAUGAA